AUGGCAGCUACGUUCUUCAGGGUGGUUUCGGCCAUCGGCCUCAAAACCACGGCGUUUCUGCAGUCGCUCUUUCUGUUUCCUUACAACACUACCCUGCAAGUGGCUCACCUAUUUUCCAAUUUCCACCAACCAAACCAGCCAAUCCUUCCUUGUUCGACCUCUACUUCUGCCUCGCCCUCUCAGGAAUUCCGCAACACCAACGUUGGCGACAGCAGUCGCCACAGUGACGACGACAUGGCGGGCAGCUCAUCUUCGUCUGUGCCACGGGGUCAACAUGCACAGGCUUCCAAAAUUGCGCCGACUCUUCCACGCACUCCUCCUGUUACGAAGGAAAACUCUUUGCUGACGACGGCCUCGCCAGCCGAAGUUGACGGCCAGCUCAGUCGCAAACUCUCCCGUUUGGAGCUCAAAGAGACCGGUACAGCAGUCGAGACAUCGACGGGUCCGCUUCAAGAUGUGGUAAAUGGCGCAGGUACCAACGAAGAAGAUGGAAUCGGCAAGCAAGUCGCCCGGAACGGCGCGCUGCCGCAGCAGUCCGGCCCGGACAACACUAGCGGCAAUGCUGCCGGGGAGGUUACACGAACCCUUCCGGUCCCUCUCACGCACACAGUUUCUCAGACUAGUAAGCCGAAGGAGACUGCGACAACCAUUCAGCUGGACGGCGUCACUGUGCAGAUCCAGGACAAGGUCGAGACGCCUGAGCAGGCAGCCGAGAGGGCCAUGCAUAGCCGGUUUAUGAGGGAGGCUCUGGAUAUGGCCAGACUCGCUCUCAAAACCAACGAGACCCCUGUCGGAUGUGUGCUCGUGUAUAAGGGGCGGAUCAUCGCCAGAGGCAUGAACGCAACCAACGUCACGCGUAAUGGAACGAGGCAUGCCGAACUCAUGGCCAUCUCUGCCUUGUUGUCUUACUCGCCCAAGUCCGAUCUCGAACCUACGGCCAAUGCAUCCCGGGAGAAGGGAGACAGAGCCAGAUUGCCCCUUGGUGACACGACCAAUGAAGCACAACUCGCAGAGGAAACCAGCACCUGGGGUGACGUGGACCCCAAGGACGGCCACCUCUAUCCGUACGGGCAAAAGCUUCACCCCUCCCCUCGCGUGAACCCAUCCGUCAUCACUGAAUGCAUUUUGUACGUCACGGUCGAGCCGUGCGUCAUGUGUGCUUCGUUGCUCCGCCAGUUCGGGGUCAAGAAGGUUUAUUUCGGCGCCGUCAACGACAAGUUCGGAGGCACCGGUGGCGUGUUUCGGAUCCACAAGAACUCGCCGUACACGAUGGCUUCCGCGCCUCCGUCACCCGUGCCCCAGAACGGCAAGGGUAUCGCGAGGCCGGUUCUCGAGCGCCGCCCAGCUUCGACCGACGUCGCCCCCGAGGGGCAUAAUCCGAUAGACGAGGCUAACAGCGGCGACAACCUUAUUCCUUAUUCAAUUGAGACCUCUAAGCUCCCGGGCGACGGCGGUAAUAUUGAGAGAGGGUACGAGGCCGAGGGGGGAUGGGGCCGUGAUGAGGCCGUGACGCUUCUAAGGCAGUUUUACGUACAGGAGAACAACCGAGCCCCCGUCCCGAGGAAGAAGGAAGGCCGAGCUGCCCGCCUGGCGGCGAUGAUGGAACGCGAUGGCCGCGCCGGCAGCCCUGUAGACGCCAGCGACGCGGCGAACUCGCAGGAUAACUCGGGGACGAACACUCCCGCCAUUGGGGAGUCUCGCACCGAGAAUGUAGUCGAGGCUAUCUCCGCUUAG